AUGGAAACCAGCAAUUUUACCGACACGCAGCUUACCGUACGAGAGGCAAUCCGCCAAGUCUGCUCCCAGUUCCCCAACGAGUACUGGCGGCAAUGCGACCGCACAGAGACAGACCCCAAGGGGUUCCACGCCACCUUGGCUCAAGAUGGCUGGCUCGGUAUAGCCUUACCGGAGGCUCUUGGUGGUGCGGGCCUCGGUAUUUCGGAGGCUACCAUGAUGAUGCAAACGAUUGCCGAAAGCGGAGCGGGCAUGGCGGGGGCCCAGGCCAUACACGCUAACGUGUAUGCGACGCAGCCGCUUGCGAAAUUUGGCACCAAGGAUCAGCUGGAGAGCACGAUUCCCAACAUCAUCUCGGGUCAAUGGCGUGUUUGCUUUGGCGUGACGGAGCCCAACGCCGGGCUCAAUACCCUCGCUCUCUCGACCACAGCUGACAAGCAGCGCGAUGGUUCGUAUCUGGUGACGGGCCAAAAGAUAUGGAUUACGUGCGGCCAAGUCGCUUCAAAGAUGAUUUUACUCGCCCGAACCACGCCGCUCGACCAAGUCAAGAAGCCUAGUGAGGGGCUGUCCCUCUUUUGUAUCGACCUAGACCGGCGUGCCGGCUCCGGCUUAGACAUGCGCAAAAUUCAAAAGCUAGGCGGGCGAGCCGUCGACGCUAACGAGGUGUUCUUCGACCACUACCCUAUCCCUGCCGACAGCCUCAUCGGACGAGAGGGUCAGGGGUUCAAGAUUAUUUUACACGGGAUGAACGCUGAACGGUGUCUCUUGGCCGGAGAGGCCCUCGGGCUAGGGUACGCUGCGCUUGCCAGGGCCGCCCAGUACGCGCGGGAGAGGGUUGUGUUCGACCGCCCGAUCGGACAGAAUCAGGGCAUCGCGCACCCGUUGGCAGAGGCGUACAUGCAAUUAGAAAGUGCUAAGCUCUCCACGUAUCAUGCUGCUCGUCUCUACGACACGGCGAUCCUGACCCACGGUGGCAUGGGAUACGCGGCCGAGUACGAUGUCGAGCGAUGCUUCUCGUACAUCUGUCUCGAUGUGGCCGGCGUCGCCAAGGUCAACGUUCAGGGCGAUGGCAGUUGGUCGCAGAUUGCACUGCCCCAAUCGGGCGGGUGUUUCAGCGGGUGCGUUGACGCUUCGAUGCUUCGAUGCUUCGAUGAUCGACAGGAGACGCUCGUCCUGGCUAAAACCAAUGCUUCAGCAGCGGACGCGCGCCACCUGCAAAAUUUUGUUUGGGGCCCGCACUUGUUCAAGCAAAGUGAAGUCUUUUUCGCAUCCAUAUUCUUGUCUUCCAAGACGAGUGAGCUGCAAGAUCUUCAGUGA